AUGCACGUUCUAGACCCCCCUCGUUUCUACAGUCAAAAUACAGUUACAGCAGACAGCUGGGAGACGAAAGCUGUCAGCUCAAUUCCUCCACCGGCUUCAGCCCCAGUGCCAGAGCCAAGAGACAAUAAUUUGCCACUCCCGUCUCCAAAAGGACUACUACAGGACAUCCCUCAGACCACAGCCUCGCUUACUACUGUGUCAGCUGGAAAGAAGGACGUGGCCGAUGUUGUUUGCGGGAGAGACCCUUUGAAUCGAUUGCUCGUCGUGGUUGGGCCGUGUUCCAUCCAUGACCCGAAAGAGGCACUCGAGUAUUGUGAUCGGCUUCUGCAAGCCCGAGAGAAACACAAAGACGAGCUCCUGAUUAAACCGCGGACAGUCACUGGCUGGAAAGGCCUCAUCAUGGACCCAGACAUGGACGACAGCUUCAACGUCAACAAAGGUCUUCGACUGGGUCGUCAACUACUUGCCGAGAUCACGUCUCGCGGCAUGCCCGUCGCCAGCGAGAUGCUCAGCCUGAUUUCGACCAGAUACGUCGAUGAUAUGCUAUCGCUAGGUUUUGUUGGUGCCCGAACGACAGAAAGCCAGCUGCAUCGAGAGCUUGCCAGUGCUUCCGAAUUCCCCGUUGGCUUCAAGAACGGAACAGAUGGCUCCCUGAUUACAGCGCUCAAUGCUGUACGGGCAGCCCAGGUGCCGCAUAGGUACCUGUCUAUUUGCGAAAACGGGGCUGCUGCUGUUCUGCAAUCUCGUGGUAACAACGACUGCUUUUUGGUCCUUCGUGGGGGCAGCAAAGGCACCAACUACGACUCUCAGAGUACAUCGGAGGCGGAAGCAGAGUUCGCUGCUCACGGUGCUCUACCCAGAAUCAUGGUUGAUUGCAGCCACGGAAAUGCCCAGAACCAUCACGAGAACCAGCCCAAGGUGGCCGAGGAUCUGGCCAAGCAGAUUGCUGCUGGAAGGACAGGCAUCAUGGGGGUCAUGCUGGAAAGUUACAUCAACGGCGGAAACCGAUCCGGGCUCCGUUAUGGCGUUAGCGUUACGGAUGGCUGUAUCGGCUGGGAGAGCACAACGGUGGUGAAAUCGACGCUUGUCAGCCAAAGAGUUCCUUGUUUAUGCCGAGAUGUCUUGUCCUGA